CAGCGGCACAAACUGGCAUCCAUCAGUCUUGGGUGGACCAGACUAAAGAAAACAAGUGAGUACAACAUAGAACAGCAAUGAGCGUCCACCCACGGCGCUCAGAGGCUGAACUCUGAACGCGGAGAGCGCCACAUGGAGGCGGUGCUGAAAAACUUGGCUAGCACGGUGGAGCUUCUGGCCGUAGCGGCGCAGAGCGGUGUGGUGGAGCGGUGGGAUAAACAAACGCUGUCCAGAGCCUUUCACUGGGCGCGGUACUGCGAACACCUCUUUUCCAGGUUUCACAACAACCCUGCCAUACGGACGACUAUGGAGAAGCAGCUACAGCUCACAAAUCAAAGUUUGCGGGCUGUCUUCCCUGGAUACACAGAAGUCUCUUUCUCGGACAUCUCCCGGUGUCAGCACUUGUUGCUUGUUGGGCUGUUGAAAAACCCUGAGCUGCCAAUCUCCAUCAUGAAGAUACUUUUUGAAACUACAAAGCAGAUUGAGUAUCAGGAUGUUACCGGCUUCUGCAGCCACAUUAUUCAAUGCAAAUCUGCUUGUAAAGUCCUGAGUCCUCACACAGACUUGUCAGCUAUUGGUGCUGAUGCUGAAGUGCAGGGAGUUAUGCUGAUGGAGAGGUUGAGUGCUCUGCUGAGCCAAGGUACUGCAGCCUGCCACACAGAGCACAUUGUAGACUCUGUCCUCCAGGGAUGUGAAGGAGCAGCAGGACAAUUCUGUCUGGUCAUCACGGCAGCUCUGCUGACAACGAAAAACUCUGCUGCACAAACUGCUUCACAGGAUUUUCUCUUGGACUGGCUACAGAAAGAACACAAUGUGCUGCAGCACAUGUGUUCAGCAUUGCCUACUCCACUUAUUAAAGACCUGGCCAAAGAACACCGGAAAUUUAGAGAUGGAUACUAUGAUGUGAUGAAAAAGUGGGCUUCUGAAAUGGACUACAGCAUAAAUGAGGGUGAAUGGGCUCAAACUAUCACAAACAGAACUGUAACCUUCCAGAGAUUGACUGAGCACUUUCUGACCUUGUUUGAGGCCUGUCCCUCUCUGAGGGAGGAUGUAGAAAAAGAGCUAAAUGGUUUGAAAGUUUCUGAUGGGGACUUUGAUGUCAGAGGUCUGAGUGUGUGGGGAGACCUUUUGUCAGCAUUAAACAAGUGACUGUCA